AUGCCGACAAUCAUCUCGGUGGCCUAUAUCUAUGUACCAGUCUCUUUGGCCGUUUUGGCAGUGACUCUGUGGAAGUUCUUUAUAUCCGAUGCCCUUCGAUUGGAAUCGUAUUUUCAAUUGGCCAGAUCAGAGGGAGUGCCUGCAACAAUCCUUUUCACCAACUAUAGCUUCUGCUACGGCGUCAUGGCUCCCUUGGUCGCAGCUCGCAAUCGCCACUGGCUUAUUCUAUCUGUCUCCAGUCUGUCCAUCGUUUUCAGUGCUUUGCUCCCUUCCCUGCUUUCAGGGCUGGUGGUGUUGACCGAAGCUUCUUUGAAUCAAACAAAAACAGUAUCCACCUGGCCCAAAUUGCUCGAGGAAGGUACGCAGAAAAACUGGUUUGUCGCCGAGGCUCGUCGUUACACCAAUGCUCCAGUAAUGACAACCGCCGAUGACUUUUUCCUACUCCGAUCCUCUGAAUACGCCACGGCAUCGGUAUUAAUGCCGCUUGACGAAAAUGAAACUUCGAUCUUAUCAUUGAAUCAGACGGUGUAUUGGGGCGAACUGACCUGUCAGGACGCGGCGCUUGACAGUAUCACUUUGGAGAGACGUCUUUCCACCGAUAUAGAAAAGGAGCUUGAUAGCGGCAGCCUUCAAAUGCGGGGCACAACGAGUUUCGAGUUCCCUUCAAGUGGUAAUGACCAUCCUUGCCGUGUCGACUUCACCCUAAACAUCACCACUCCCGCCUAUAGCAGCUCUUCCCAAGUGCGAUACUGGGAGCCGAUUCGUCCCCAGUCUGCUGUCGGUAAUGACUCAGCGUUUCAGACCACCGACUGUGAACGUUACGCGUUGGUUGGCCUGCUCAUUGACAUCAAUGAAGAUGCUGAAAAAGCCACUGAUCAUGUUUCCAAUGCGACUGCAUUUGCCUGCACUGCGACUUACCGCUUGGCCGAGGCCGAGCUCAGUAUUGACGUCAAUACCUCGAUUGUUGAAGCCAGGAUUGAUUCCUCCAGCCAGAGAGAUCUGCGGGAGAUGGAGUUUUCCAGUUCAGGCUUCCAGAACCUACUCUACCACGAAAGUCGUGGACCCAUAAAUUCGGCAUCUCAAGUAUUGGAGGAUGUGACGAACGUUUCCGUUAGUCCCAGAUCGUUGUUUUCUUCUGGGCUUAAUCUGGGUCUGGUUCCAGAGAGCUUUUCUGCUCGGACUGGUGUUCCUGAAUAUCAGAAUGCAAUCAUGCAAUUUUGGAAGUCUAGAUUCAUCAUCACGAUCAACAAGUUCUUCGACACGGCUGCGGCUGCGACACCGCUGAAAGCCAGCCAAGUCACGGUUGUCGUGGCUCUCGACGUCCUAUCAACGCCCGCUAUCAUGGCGGAGAUUUUGCUCGUCACUACUGCUAUAGUACUAAUGUCGCUUGCAGCUGUUUAUCCGCGUCGUGCAAAUUUUCUUCGGAGCGACCCUGGAUCAAUAGCAGCCCAGUGCGCACUCAUUGCAGAUCUGUUCACUGCGGAUAAUCCUUUAACUCAAUCCAGUGAAAAGUUCAGUAAAGCCACCUCCCGGCAACUUCUUCUAUGGGCUAGAAAUUUCCGAUGCGAAUGGACAGAUCUCUCAAGCGACAAAAAGAUUGAUAUUGUUCCAAUUCCUUCCAAUUCCUCCUUUGCGCUACCGUCUGCCCGGAGAAGCACAGAUCGGAGACCCCAUUUUGUCGUUCUCCCCUGGUUCCUUAUGGAGUGUAUAUUGCUGAUUGGGAUCCUGGUCACGUAUGGCUUUGCCCUGAAUUUCACGUCCUUUCAGAAUGUAGACACCGAGUCAAGUCAACAACUCGGGCUCAUGAUAUUCUUACUAUUUGGACCUACACUUAUUGCCUCUUUGGUCAGCUCCCUGCUUGCAUCGAUUUUGCGAAAUUUGAGCAUCAUUGAACCGUGGGGACGCCUUCAGAAGGGCAGGUCCCCGGUGGGAAUGUCUUUGGCAAUGAACUACGGAUCACAGACCCCAAUCACUGUUUUUUUCCGCAGUCUUUGCCGAGGGCCACUGCUGCUUACAGCUUUGUCUAUCAUUUGCACCUUGAGCUUAUUGCUUAGCAUCGUCAGCGGUGGAAUGUUCGAGCCAGAAACAAAGCAUUAUCACACGCCAGCUACUGGACUGAGUUCCCAAUAUAAUGGCACGCUGUUUCAACUUCCCAAUCUUGACGUGCAAUUCGAUGGAAAUGGCUUAGUGCUAAGCAGGAUGAAUCGAGUCACCCCAAUUAUCCCCUGGCAGUAUGCGAAUUACUCAUUUCUCCCCUUGACCAACAGCAAACUGGGAGCUGACACAGCCCAGAAUGUCAAAUAUGCGGCUGUCACGACUGGCAUCGGCGCAAACCUGGACUGCCAACAAGCCCUAUACAAUCAGUCAUGGAUUGAUCACGAGUCCGGGAAAAUGAGUUGGAACUAUACAAGCCCCUCUGGCCUCACCUGCACGAUGGAAGCUCCAAACAGAAGAGUGGAAGAUGGCUUACUCAAAAGAUCCAUUUCGUAUCUCCAGCCAAGCGAGGAGUCUUCCGCGAGAUCCAGGUGCGAAGCAUCAUUCUUAAUCUUGGCUCGCUGGGAAACAUUAGCAUCUUCGCCCAUGAAUCAGCAAAAUUCUCUAGCGCUGUACUGUGAGCCUUCUAUGGCGAGUGAGGAGUUUGAAGUUGUUUUCGAUCCACAGGGUAUCAUAUCUUCCUAUGAACCCAAAGCAGAUUUAACUGCGCAUGGUCAACAAGCGGCACACAAUUUACCACAGGGUAGCCUGGCGCACUUCAACCGGGCAAUCAUGGCUUUUGGCAAAAUUGAUAAUCCCCAAUGGAAUGUGUCGUUUUCCCACUAUGACUGGUUAGGAAUGCUGACUGAAGUCAUCUACGACCGGCUCCAUCCCAGUGCGCGGCCAUCUUUUGACCCCGCAAUGUUCCUACGGGCCGCUCAAUCCACAUAUCAGCAGAUAUUCAGUACAUACCUCACCCUUAACCGGGACAUGUAUUUUCGAAGGUAUCCAGAAUCGGCUGCGCCAGCCGUUGAAGGGACCGUGAUUGCGAGCCUCUGGGGGCUGUUUCCCUCGAUUCCCUCGAUGGUCAUCGCGCUGGUCCUUCUGUCACUAGAUAUUAUGAUGUUGACUGUUGUCUUUGCUACACGCUUCACCUAUUUUCGCGCGCCCCGGAUCCCCAAAUCGAUCGGGUCAUUGAUCCCAUGGAUUGCCGAAAGCGAAAUGAUCCCUGAUUUUCGAGGAAUGUCACGUAUCGAGAAGAGCGAGUGGCAGGGUAUUAUGGAGCGCACGAACAAAUUUUAUCGAUUUGCUCUAACUCGCUGUCCCGAUGGUCACGAAAGGUGGCUACUUGACUACGAACAUAUAAGUAUACAAGAGGAUGGUAAUGACCUGACCGAGAUGCCUGAUAUCACCCCGGUCCGGACCCUUCAUCGUGGCCAGUCUUUGCCAGCGCAGAGUAUCCGGGAUCUAGCGGUCACACCGCCGAACCAGCCACCAUAG